AACAUGUAUGUUGUUCCACCUAUAUUACAGUUACGGGCUAGGAGUAUGCCUUUAUUGUGGCAUGACAUCCGGCUGUCAGUUGGCUAUUUUAAAAGCACGCACGUUUUACAAGAAUAUUUUUAUUUUACCAAAAGGGUGGUACACAUUUUGAUCGUGUAAGCUCAUUUCCAACCAGCUGUAGUGUAGAAUAGGAAUACUAUCGUAAAGAAGAAUGAAGUCCCUACUGGUAUCAACGCUGCUGCUUUGUUUCGUUAGUGAAAUCAACACGUUAAAGAGAGGCAUCUUCCCACCGUAUAACUUUCUGUGUUCGGGUACCGGUAUUAAGGCUGUAGACUUUGACUGCACAGGCUUUUUACAAUGUAUUGACACGACGGCCCACUGGCAAACAUGUCCACCAAAUCAAUACUUUGAUGGAGCUGUGAGCUGUUCUGGAGACAGCAGGAACUGUAAAAAUUUAACAGAGGUUGCCAACACGACGUGCCCGUUCCACUCCACAUUGACAUUCCCUCAUCCAGACAGCUGUGCCAAGUUCUAUAACUGUAACAGAACCAUCCCUAUUGAUGGGCUGUUGCAGUUUGAAGACGAGUGUCCUUUCCCCCCUGCUUUACGACUCCAACACCAAAGAGUGCAGCGACCCCGACAUCAACCCCAACAUCACCUGCCAAGCCCCAGCACCGCUGGACCAGUGUUCCUACCAUCUGGAGUGUGGUCGGCCCGUGUGCACAGGCCUCCCGGACGGAGAGCACGGAUACUCCACGCAACCCUUCGACGUGGAGUACGUUAUCUGUAAAAAUGGCCUUGUCGACAUGGUCAAACGUUGUACCCGUCAGGGAGAAGUAUUCGACCCAAUAGCCAGACUGUGCACAACCAAUUAUAAACCAUCUAUACCAGCCUAUUGCCAAGCGAACCGGAACGUAACAUUCGCGUCCCCCGAGUCGUGCUCCCUCUUCUACAACUGCAGCAACAUCGACGCCCGCCCCAACUCCACCCUGGAGGAGUAUCAAGACGAGUGCCCCUACCUGUUCCUAUUCGACCCCGUGGCUCGGAUGUGCAAGUUCUACCCUGGCGUCAUGUGCGGUCUGCGGCCCGAACCCAAGGCUCCAUGCGACUAUAUCAUUGGCCACUGUAUUGGACGAGAGAAGUGCAUCCCCUGUGAAGCAAGCUGUAUGGGUCUUAAUGACGGCCCCAACAUCUACCCGGGCAAAGCCUUGACCUCCGAGUACCUGGACUGUGAUAAGGAGCGCACUCGCAACAUGAAGGUCUGUCUGGGCGGGAAGAUAUUUGACCCAAUGACAGAAGAUUGUGGAUCUGAAAUUAGCACAGCGACCCUGGAGCUGUUCUGUGCCAAGAACCCCACCAUGAUAAUUCCCCAUCCUGGUGAAUGCACUCAGUUCUACGACUGCCAGAAAGUGAUGGCUUCAGGGAACCUCAACAAGUUUGUUCGCGAGUGUCUGUUCCCCCAGGUGUUCGACCCCAGAGACAACACCUGCAAGGACAGACAGAUGGUGUCGUGUGACUACAGGCGGCUACCGACCUCAAUGUGCGGGUACCUCCAACAUCAGUGUGUGGGACAGAAGUGCUCCCCCUGUGUCGACACGCUACCCUCAUGUACAGGCAAGAGUAACGGCUACUGGCCCUUGGUAGGCGAGGAGAUGACGGCCUUCUUCCUGGUGUGUACUGGAGGGCUGUUCACCUCCAUAGGACAAUGUCCUAACGGGGAGGUGUUCGAUCAGUUGACCAGGACCUGUACUCCUACUGUAACCACGGCCGCUUUGAGGGCGUUCUGCUCCGCGCACCCUGAUUCCGCUGUGGCCAACCCCCAACACUGCGGCCAGUUCUACAAGUGUACCCCCGCCGGCGGCCCCCCGACCGCCUUCUCCGAGUGUGUGUACCCCCAGGAGUUUUCCAUCAGCGGGAAGGAGUGUCGGCCAUAUACGAACGUGGACUGUGCUGAGAGGGUGGAGAAAGUCCAGGGAUGCGACUACACCGGGAUCAACACCUGCAAAGUCGCAGACUUGUCUUGCACGUGCCGCUUCCCAUCAUGCUUUGGUCAGCGUGAUGGCGUAAUUUCCGUUUUCCCUGGCGACAACACCAUGUACUACACAUGUCGAGACAACCGCACCAUUGUGACGACAUGCACCGGGCCCAGCUUCUUUGACCCCGCAAUCCUCGGAUGUAGCGGCCUUACAACACCACCUGCAGCAGCGACUACAACGACGGCACCAAGAGUUACAACUACACCACGUGGCCCACCACCUCCAACAUCUCCUCUUGAUAAUGUGGACACUCUGGCGAAGGCCCAGGCGGUGUGCCGGCUGUACCCUACUGCCAUCAUCCCUCACUCCAGGAACUGCCACUGGUUCUACAACUGCUCCAAGCUGGAGGGCGAGUCCGAGUGCAUCUACCCCUUCCUGUUCGACAUCACCAGUGAGAUGUGUGUCGAGUACAGCCUGGCCGACUGUGGGUUGAGGAAGGAGCCCAAACAGAUGUGUGAGUAUGAGCAGUUCCUGAGCAAGUUCCCCACAUGCGCCAACUCCAUCAUCUGCAGCGACUGUGAGCGGUACUACCCGUCCUGUGCGGGUCGCCAGAACAACUACCAGAGCGGCAUCAGCACAGACAGAACCAAGUUCUACGAGUGUCGAGACCAGAGGACGUCCAUCUACACGUGUCCGCCCGGUCAGGAAUAUGACGGCACCAUGUGCACAGCCACGCCUGCGCCGACUGUAGGAGCCUCCAAUGAUGCCGAGGCCAAGGCUCUGUGCGCCCUGGACCCGUCUCGCCCGAUCCCCCACAACGGCCACUGCGCCAAGUACUUCGAGUGUAAGCCAGUCGGGAUGGUGAUUGAACGUGAGUGUGUCUACCCGCAGCUGUUUGACGCAGUGACCAGGAGGUGUGUCACCACCACACAGUGUGGCGCCAGGACGGAGUUCAAGACACCAUGUUCCUACGACUCUGUGCUGCGUAGAUACAACCGGGUAUGCAACAAGGGCCAGCCCUGCCCCGAGUGUGCGGCCGACUACCCGUCCUGUGAGGGGCGUCCAGACAACUUCAAGGGGCCCAUCCAGACAGACGAAGUCAUGUUCUACAUGUGUAACAACGAGCGCACCACCAUCGACACUUGCACCGUCAUCGGCUCCAUCUUCAUGCCUUCUAAGCAGCAGUGUAUGAUUCCACCCACAGAUCCCCUACUGACAUUGGACCCUUCACGUGUAAUAGUUGAGUGCACCCAGCAGCCCACAGGGGUGUUUCUCAUGGGGAACUCCUGUGCUCGCUACUACAACUGUUCGCUGCCAAACAGCAGACUUGGAGCGUUCGUAUCGGAAUGUGACUACCCCAUGCUGUUUGACUCUUUCCUGGGUCGAUGCGUGGAGUAUAUCAUGGCCAAAUGCUCCCCCAGGCCUGUUGAGAAGGAACCUUACAAGCCCGACAACUUCGUCGCUGCACUCCAGAUCAAUAACUACUCUUUCUAUACGUGUCUACACUCUCGGACAGUGGCUGGCACCUGUAAAGUGGGCCAGGUGUUCAACCCUACCACGUUGGUGUGUGAGGCACAGCCUACAACCACAACACCACCAACUACCACCCCAACUACGACUACGACUACAACCACAACAACUACUACCAUGCCAACGACCACGGUCACGACUACCUCUGCUCCCCGCUUCCGAACAGUGUCGGCCCAAGAGAUCGGCACCUAUUGCGCCUUCAACCCAACGAAAGUGGCCGCCCACCCCGACAGCUGUGCGAUGUUCUGGAACUGUUCCCAGCCCAACCCCCAGUACGGGAUGCAGUACCUGUUCGAGUGUACCUAUCCCAUGCACUUUGACAGCAACAGUGGCGCCUGUGUGGACUUCUCACUCGUGGACUGUGGAACCAGAAGGAGCGUCAUGGCUCCAUGCGAGUACAUUGCAUUUACUGUUAUGUUGUGUAAUGACUUGAAGUCAUGUCGGGCAUGUGACGAAACCCAGCUGUCAUGCCGCGGCAAGGCGGACGGGUACAAGGACGCCAUGUUGGAGGACCAGUCGAGCUACUUCCAGUGCCAGGACCAGAGGACCACAAUCGUGUCCUGCCCGGGGACUCAGCAGUUCGACCCCAUCACAGCUGACUGCAAGAUUCCGGGGGCACCCACCAUCCCUGUCAUGACAACAUCGGUGGAGGCGGAGGGUCCCUGCGGCACCAACCCGACAGCCAUGUUUCCCCACGCCGAGAACUGUCACCAGUACUUCGACUGCGCCGUACAGAACGGACCGUUUGGCCGCUUCCUGAGCGAGUGUCCCUACCCCGAUCUGUUUGACCCCACAUCCGCUUCCUGCAAGGACCACUCCCUGGUAGCCUGUGGGCGACGAUACGAGCCGCGACUCAGAUGCGAGUACUGGGCCAUCCUUACCAAAUACUGCAGAAUUGUUGGUACCAACUGCGAGGAGUGCGCCAAAAGCAACCCAUCGUGCGUGGCCCAGACGGACGGUCUUACUGGGCCAAUUCCUGGGAGUCGAACACAGUACUACAACUGCUCUAAGGACCGAACACUCAUCAGUGAUUGUCCCGCUAACUACGAGUUCAACACCGCGACAAGACGCUGCCAGUCGCUCACGUACCUGUCUUCAUCAGCACAGGCGGAAACCUACUGUAUCUCCAACCCUACUGGCAUGUUCCCGAGCUCCCUAAGCUGUGCCCAGUAUUUCGACUGUUCCCAGCCUGGCAGCAGGUUCGGCCGCUACAGAGUGGAGUGUCCUUACCCCGAGCUGUUUGACGUGGAGUCCAGAGCAUGUAAAGACCACACACUAGUCACCUGUGGUGGCAGUCCAAUGGUCAAAGACGCCUGCCAGUACCUUACCAACAUGGUCUACACUACUAGACUUCGGAACGAGAGACGUGGUGGUCACACUGUGGACUUAACCAGCGCCCAACAAAAACUGCAGGACAGCACUUACCAAGCCGUCAUGUGCCUGAGCCUUGUUGAGGUUGAGGCCACAGUGCGACUUGUGAUGCGACUUGUGAUGUGCCACAGCGCAGUUAACUUCUUCUGCCAGACGUACCCGGGCAAACGUGCCCCCAACCCCAUCAACUGUGCCCAGUACAUCAACUGUGCCCCCAGCCAGCCGCAGAUCAUAGAGUGUGGCUACCCCAGACUGUUUAACGGCUCCGUGUGUAUCGACCCUGAGUACGUCAAGUGCGGGAAGCGCUAUGAGCCCGUGGCACCAUGUGAUUACGAACAGAACAAGCACUGUCCCAAGAGCCAGGUGAACUGUCUACCCUGUGAGAAGAGGAUCCCAUCUUGUGUCGGUCUGCCGGACGGCAACCAGUCUUAUCCUGGACUUCCGCCAUCAACACUCUUCGUGAAGUGCAGGAACAACCGGACCGAGUCCGUCAUUAGAUGCAAGAGUGACCUUUUUAACCCCCACUUAGGGGAGUGUGGAGGAUCCAUUAGCCAGCUUCUGAUCGAGGACGCCUGCCGGAGGUUCCCCACGGCCGUGUUUGCGGAUCCUGACAACUGUGCCCGCUACAUCGACUGUUCGAAGCCCUACAGGCACAUCCUGAACACCAUGUACAAGCAGGAAUGCAAGUACCCGGAACUGUUCUCUGUGGAGUCCAAUAGUUGUGUCAACAUCUUCAAGGACAUUUCAACAACAGUCGACUGUGGAAAUCGAACGGAACCACUGAAUGCUUGUGACUACCACGAACAUUGUGGCAUUACCAACUACCCCUACUGUAGUAAUUGUACGAAUACAAUACCUAGCUGUGUCGGCCAGCCCGACCAACAGUACCUGAACUACCCCGUGGGCAACACCACUAGCUCCCGCUACUUUCUCUGCUACAGACACAGGACCGUCGUCUACGGCAACUGUUCCGAUAGGGAGAGAUUUGAUGUCAGGUUGAUGACAUGCGUACCCCUGUAGUUCUUCCAAUUAUUUACGUUACGGUAAAGAUUCUAGGUCGAACAAAUACUGGUGGAUAGUAGAUAGAUUUGGUCUCCUGAUGUGGUUGAUGUAUGUGUAAAGAUACUUGGUGAAGUAUGGUGUGUAACUGUCUACUGCACGUAUCUGGUAAUCUCGUGUUGAGUAUAUUUUGUACAGACCUUCCCGAGAGAGCAUCCCACAUAUCAAUGUGUACCGUAUACUCUCUGAAAACUGUCUGGUCACUGGUAUGGUUAUACACGUGAACUGAUGACCUCUUGACCAGAGUAUGUCCUUGACCUUUACGUAUCUACGUUUUCAAGGAUGUGACCUAUCUGACAAAGUCUGUUUAAUUUAAUAUGUGUAUGUUAAUUUAUAUUUCUCAUCUAAAACAAAUAUGUCCUUGUUUUCUUGCACAAAUUCAUCGUUUAGAAGUUAACGAAAACUUAAGACUGCCUACCUUUAACUAAUGGCUUUGAGUUUACAUUUUCUUCAUGAAAUUCAACUUUUGUGGAAGUGUUUGUCUGGACGUGUUGGAUCUCACGUUAAUGACAUCAAACGAUCUAUUUGGUCGAGUUUUAGUCUUAAAUGGUGUUAGGAAUCUUCUUUGAACCACGAAUACCUUCAUAAUGUACCAAAGUGUCCCUUCCUGUCGCAGUCUCUGCAUGAAUGUUUCUCUUCAAACAUCCCCCCCCCCUCCUCCCAUUAAAGCACAACAAUGGCAGCGUUGUUAAUCAAGGAAAGAUAACUCUUCUGAACAUUUAGAGGAGGAUACUGACAACCAAAACCAAACAUUAUUACCUCACCGAUUUCAAUGACCGACCGGCUUGUGAAACAAAUCGUAUUUUAUACAUCAUUACCGUAACUGCUCUCGCAUUACCAUAAUAAUUUUACAAAUUUACUAUAAUUGCCAUUUUCUGCAGAUACCAACUGUACAAUUCCUACAAGCGGAUGUAAAUUGGGAUGUCCAUUAAUUCAAACUCAAACAAUCUAUAUUUAUUGUUGUUCUGCAUCACAAUUCCAACUUCCCACAAGUAAAAUGAGCUAAGUCCUUUCAUUAUAAACUACACUAUAUGAGUUUCAAAAUUUCAUUUGGACAUCAUCAUUUUCGUUUUUUCAGGAUACACAAUCCCGACUUCAGCCCAUUUCAGCAGUGAUUGUACAUUGUAUUGACGGUAUGCUGUAUCAGUCUCUGUUGGUCAUAGGUACAUAUAUCAUAGACUGUGGUCAAUCGUUGGGACAUAGGUUUUCGGACUUCAUUCCUUGUCUUGCUUGAGCCUGACGUACCAUGACUAAUAAAAUAUGACUAAAUAUGACUAAAGUUCCGCACAGAGGCAGGCAUCCGAUGAUCAGUUAUUGGUAUGUUGUCGACGCCAAAGCUUUUGCAAAUAUGGAGUUAAAACAGUUGUGUCCGAAAACCUGUGACCCAGCGAUAUGACCUCUUUGACCGCUGGCCGGGGUUCUCCAAAUAUGGAAUACAAAUAAAUACAAGUAACAA